GACAGGAUUCUGGGAAGGUUGUGAUCUGGAAUAUGUCUCCAGUCCUCCAGGAGGAUGACGAGAAGGAUGAAAAUAUUCCCAAGAUGCUUUGCCAGAUGGACAAUCACUUAGAAAGAUAAGGCCCCGUGCGGCGGUAACUCCCCUCGGCCUGCUGUCUGAAGGCACAGAUGUUGGCUGCACACCUGGGUGAGUUAUUCGGCAGAAGACUCGGCCCGCCCACAGAACCAUCUUUGGACAGUCUGCAGCAUGUGUGAACUGUGUGCGGUGGUCAAACAGUGGGAUGUAUUUAGCUUCUGGGGGAGAUGACAAACUGAUUAUGGUGUGGAAGCGGGCUACGUACAUCGGCCCCAGCACUGUCUUCGGCUCCAGUGGUAAGCUUGCCAACGUGGAGCAGUGGCGAUGUGUCUCCAUCCUCCGGAGUCACUCAGGCGAACUCCCCACGUUCUGCUGUUUAUCCUGGUGAACUGAGUCACUACCUUCAUCAGUGGAUCACUAAGUCCAUGUGAUGGACGUAGCAUGGUCUCCUCAUGACGCCUGGCUGGCUUCGUGCAGCGUGGAUAACACUGUCGUCAUCUGGAAUGCAGUGAAGUUCCCAGAAAUUCUAGCUACUCUGAGAGGUCAUUCUGGCUUGGUAAAGGGGUUGACUUGGGACCCUGUUGGUAAAUAUAUUGCCUCUCAAGCUGAUGACCGCAGCCUGAAGGUGUGGAGGACGCUGGACUGGCAGUUGGAGACCAGCAUCACCAAGCCUUUUGAUGAGUGUGGAGGGACAACCCAUGUGUUGCGGCUCAGCUGGUCACCUGAUGGACAUUACCUGGUGUCUGCCCAUGCCAUGAACAACUCCGGCCCCACCGCCCAGAUCAUCGAGCGGGAGGGCUGGAAGACCAACAUGGACUUUGUCGGACACCGGAAAGCUGUGACUGUCGUGAAAUUCAACCCAAAAAUCUUCAAAAAGAAGCAGAAGAAUGGGAGUUCUGCGAAGCCCAGCUGCCCGUACUGCUGCUGUGCUGUUGGCAGCAAGGACCGUUCUCUCUCUGUCUGGCUCACGUGUCUUAAACGACCUUUGGUUGUCAUCCAUGAGCUGUUUGACAAAUCCAUCAUGGAUAUUUCCUGGACUCUGAACGGGCUGGGCAUCCUGGUGUGUUCCAUGGAUGGCUCUGUGGCAUUCCUAGACUUCUCCCAGGAUGAGCUUGGAGACCCCCUGAGCGAGGAGGAGAAGAGCCACAUUCACCAAUCCACCUAUGGGAAAAGCUUGGCUAUCAUGACCGAGGCCCAGCUGUCUACAGCUGUCAUCGAGAACCCUGAGAUGCUCAAGUACCAGCGGAGGCAGCAACAGCAGCAGCUGGACCAGAAGAGUGCCGUGGCCAGAGAGACGGGCUCAGCUGCCUCAGUCGCUGGUGUUGUCAAUGGGGAGAGUCUGGAAGACAUCAGGAAGAAUCUUUUGAAGAAACAAGUUGAGACUCGGACAGCAGACGGUCGGAGAAGAAUCACACCUCUCUGCAUAGCACAGCUGGACACCGGGGACUUCUCCACGGCGUUCUUUAACAGCAUCCCACUCUCAGGCUCCCUGGCAGGCAGCAUGCUAUCCUCUCAUAGUAGUCCGCAGCUGCUGCCCCUGGACGCCAGUACCCCCAACUCCUUCGGCACCUCAAAGCCUUCCACGGAACCUGCGGCAGCAGCCGGCACCAGGCCUGCGGGCAAUUCUGUCAAUAAGGACAGCGUGAACGCUACCUCGGCUCCUGCUGCAUCAUCCCCCUCUGUGUUAACAACCCCAUCCAAGAUUGAACCCAUGAAAGCGUUUGACUCCCGGUUCACGGAGCGGUCCAAAGCCACGCCUGGUGCUCCUGUCCUGACAAGUGUGACACCAACGGCCGUAGAAAGGUUGAAAGAGCAGAACCUUGUGAAAGAGUUGAGGCCCCGGGACCUCCUGGAGAGCAGCAGUGACAGCGAUGAGAAGGUUCCUGUGGCCAAGUCCUCCUCCCUCUCCAAGCGAAAACUGGAGCUUGAGGUGGAAACAGUGGAGAAAAAGAAGAAAGGGCGACCUCGGAAGGACUCACGGCUCAUGCCCAUGUCUCUGUCUGUCCAGUCCCCAGCUGCUCUGACUGCAGAAAAGGACACUGUGUGUUUGUCUGUACCAGCGCCUACACUGAAGCUGCCCAUGCCGGGCCCCCAGAGAGCAUUCACCCUCCAGGUGAGCUCCGACCCCUCCAUGUACAUUGAGGUGGAGAAUGAAGUGACGGCCGUUGGGGGAGUGAAGCUGAGCCGCUUGAAGUGUAACCGGGAAGGAAAGGAGUGGGAGACGGUACUCACUAGCCGGAUCCUCACUGCUGCCGGUAGCUGUGAUGUGGUAUGUGUCGCCUGUGAAAAGAGGAUGCUGUCAGUGUUCUCCACCUGUGGUCGCCGCCUCCUCCCUCCCAUCCUCCUGUCAUCCCCAAUCUCCACGUUGCAUUGCACAGGCUCCUACGUCAUGGCGCUCACUGCUGCGGCCACGUUAUCUGUCUGGGAUGUUCACAGGCAGGUGGUUGUGGUAAAAGAAGAGUCUCUACACUCUAUCCUGGCAGGAAGUGAUAUGACGGUGUCACAGAUCUUGCUUACACAGCAUGGAAUCCCAGUGAUGAACCUGUCCGAUGGAAAGGCCUACUGCUUUAAUCCGUCACUUUCUACAUGGAACCUGGUUUCUGACAAGCAAGACUCCCUGGCCCAGUGUGCGGACUUCAGGAGCAGCCUGCCUCCCCAGGACGCCAUGCUGUGCUCGGGACCCUUAGCCAUAGUCCAGGGCCGUGCCUCCACUUCAGGGAGGCAGGCGGCCCGGCUUUUCUCCGUGCCUCACGUGGUGCAGCAGGAGACGACCCUGGCCUACCUAGAAAACCAGGUGGCAGCAGCACUCACCCUGCAGUCCAGCCAUGAGUAUCGCCAUUGGCUCCUCCUCUACGCACGGUACCUUGUGAACGAAGGGUCUACGGAAGAGGGAGCUACUGAAGGAACUGCUGCCAGUCAUCGGGCAGAACCUCCGCUUCCAGCGUCUCUUCACCGAAUGUCAGGAACAGCUCGACAUCCUAAGGGACAAGUAGCCUGCCCACAUCUGCCCCAGCUGCAGCCAGGGCAGGGCCACCUCUCACCUCGUCGGGCUAUAGUAGGACAAGGAGACACUGGCAGGAGGUGGUCUGUUGCUGCUCCCGUGGAAGGAGGCAGCUCUGCUGGCAACUCGUCCCUCUCUCCAGGACCCCCACGCCGAGCAGGGGCUGGGGCUCCGCCCUGCUGCCCUGGGAUCAGAGAGGCACACCGAGACCGACCGUCUUCAGCACGGUCCAGAGGUGGACACUAGCCCCUGCCACUGCAGGUGCCGUGCUGCUUCAGCUAUGACGAAUGAGCCAUUUGUGAAGAGAGAGCCCUGAGAUGUAUUAGUGUAUUAUGCAGUCAGUAGACUGACCGAGACCUAUGUAAAAGGAAAGACUAUUCCAACACAAAGACUAUUUUUGUACUAGAAUUUGCUAACUUGUAAUACGGAAUUUUCCUUUUGGCCAAUAAUCAGGAUUUCCCUAUAAGUCACUUGAACAUUGGUUACUUGUAGGAAAAAAUUUAAACUCUAAUUAUGACAGCUACAUUGAAAAAUAAUUGUA